AUGUUGGAACUUUUAGCAUCAUACAAUGAACAAGUAGGUGCUUUUGUUUUGGAUAAUGCUCUACAAAAUGCUAAAUACACCUCGCAUCAAAUUCAAAAAGAAAUUUUGCAUGUCUUUGCUAGAAAUAUUCAGUCUUCAAUUCGUAAUGACAUUGGUGAUGCAAGAUUUUGCUUAAUUGUUGAUGAAGCUCGAGAUGAAUCCAGAAGAGAGCAAAUGGCCCUUGUUAUAAGGUUUGUUGAUAGAAGUGGAUUUAUACGAGAACUAUUUUUGGAUAUAGUUCAUGUCAAAGAUACAACUGCUUCAACUCUUAAGAAAGAGAUUUCCUUUGUUUUAUCUCAUCACAAUCUUGAUGUUCAAAAUAUUAGGGGCCAAGGGUAUGAUGGUGCUACUAGAGAAAUAUCUGAUGUUCACACUUUCUUUCAGAACUUGAUUUUUAUUAUUAACAUUGUUAGUGCUUCUUGCAAGCGUAAUGAUGAAUUACGGGCUUUUCAAGCAGUUACAAUUGAACAUUUAGUUGAUAUUGGUGAGAUUGAAACGGGUAAAAGAGUUAAUCAAGUAGGUGGUUUGCAACAACCUGGAGAUAGCAGAUGGAGUUCGCAUUUCAAAUCAAUUUGCAGUUUGAUAAAAAUGUAUGGGGCAACUUGUUUGGUUCUUGAAAACAUCGCUUUAGACGGAUCUACUUAUUCUCAACGUGGUGCGACUUUUUCAUUUAAGUUACUAAUGUCAUUUGAUUUUGCAUUCAUCUUGCAUAUAAUGAAGAAUGUUAUGGGAAUUACUGAUGUGCUUUGCCAAGCUUUGCAACAGAAAUCUCAAGACAUUUUAAAUGCUAUGCAUUUGGUGACUACCACAAAGACUUUAAUUCAGAAGUUAAGAGAUGAUGGCUGGGAAACUCUUUUAGAAGAAGUGACAUCAUUUUGUAAGCAUCAAGACAUUGAAGUUCCUGAUAUGGAUGCUUGUUUUUCUAGUGUGGAACGAUCUCGUCGUAAAACAAAAUCAAUAACAGUUGAGCAUCACUAUCGAGUUGAUAUAUUUACAGCUAUCAUUGAUCAACAGUUGCAAGAGCUAAAUAAUAGAUUCAAUGAGCAAGCGAUCGAGCUUCUUAAGUUGAGCACAACUUUAGAUCUUAAAAAUAACUAUAAAUUAUUUAGUGUUGAAGAUAUAUGCUUACUUGUUGACAAGUUCUAUCCUGAAGACUUUUCUGACCAAGAAAAAACUCAUUUGAGAUUUCAGUUGCAGCAUUAUGAGCUUGAUGUACCCAAUCAUCCAAAGUUAAAGAAUAUGUCAUCGAUUGCUGAAUUAUGUCAAGGAUUGGUUGAAACAGAAAAAUGA